UGAAACAGGAAUGGAAGAAAAUAGAGAUAAUGUGUCUAUCCAAGAAAGAACUUCUGACAAAAAUUUGCGUCGUCGUACUAGAUAUGCACAGAUGUCACCGGAGAGAAAGGAGUUAUUUUUAUCCCAGCUAAGAGAAAAAAGGGCUGAAUCGAAAAGACAAAAACUCCUUCAUCAAUCAAAUAGUAUUGCCGCUCUUACAAUCAACACUUCUUCGUUAUCUCCUCAACAAGUUGAAGCUUCCGAAGCUACAAACCUACCAGUUACUUCAACUAGAGGAGAACGUAUAGUUAAUUGCUUAUCUACCUUCGAAGUAGGAUCAACAUCGACUGCAUCUCAUGCUGCAACUAAAUUAAAUUCAAGAUGUACUGCAAAUAGAGGAACAACUUAUUCUAUCAAGGGUAAGUAUUUAUAUAGUUCUAGCCGAAGGAAAUGACAGAGAUGACCUACCUCUUAAGGCUUCAAACGUUUUUAUUUGAGAUGAUACAAGUGCAAAUAAAUGAUGAUGAGGUAAACAAAAUUUCCAGUCAUAAUGUUAUACCAAUUAAUGCUCUUAAC